AUGGAGCCCGCUCCGGCCGCGGGGGGCUCGGAGACCACCCGCCUGGUGAGCCCGCGGGACCGCGACGCGGCGGGGGGCGGCCUGCGCCUGAAGAGUCUCUUCACAGAGCCCAUGGAGUCCGCGCCUGCGGAGACAGCUUUCCACUGCCACCGGGACCCCCUGCCGCCGCCCGGCCUCACCCCCGAGCGGCUGCGGGCGCAGAGGCAGCUCUGUGUGGCCUGCGCCGUGUGCUGCGUCUUCAUGGCCGGGGAGGUGGUGGGUGGGUAUUUAGCACACAGCCUGGCCAUCAUGACCGACGCAGCCCACCUGCUGGCAGAUGUGGGCAGCAUGAUAGGCAGCCUCUUCUCUCUCUGGCUCUCUACCCGCCCAGCCACCCGCACCAUGACCUUCGGCUGGCACCGCUCAGAGACCCUGGGGGCUCUGGCCUCUGUGAUCUCCCUCUGGAUGGUCACGGGCGUCCUCCUGUACCUGGCCUUCAUCCGCCUGCUGCACAGCGACUACCACAUCGAGGGGGGCGCCAUGCUGGUGACCGCGGGCAUCGCAGUCUGUGCCAAUCUGCUAAUGGCCGUUGUGCUGCACCAGGCCGGGCCCCAGCACAGCCAUGGGUCGAGGGGGGCGGAGUACGCGCCGCUGGAGGAGGGGCCCGGGGAGCACCUGCCCCUGGUGAACACCAGUGUCCGGGCGGCCUUUGUGCAUGUUCUGGGGGACCUCCUGCAGAGCCUUGGGGUGCUGGCUGCCUCCAUCCUCAUCUACUUCAAGCCUCAGUGCAAGGCGGCUGAUCCCAUCAGCACCUUCCUCUUCUCCAUCUUCGCCCUCGGGUCCACGGCUCCCACCCUCCGAGACGUUCUCCGUGUCCUCAUGGAAGGUGCCCCCAAAAAUGUGGGCUUCGAGCCGGUGAGGGACACGCUGCUGUCAGUGCCAGGAGUCCAGGCAACUCACGAACUGCACAUGUGGUCCCUGACACUCACUUACCACAUUGCCUCUGCACAUCUGGCCAUCGACCCCACUGCGGACCCCGACGCCGUCCUGGCCGAAGCCACCUCCCGGCUCUGCUCCCGGUUUGGAUUCUCCAGCUGCACCCUGCAGCUUGAGCAGUACCAGCCCGAGAUGGACCGGUGCCUGCGCUGCCGGGAGCCGCCCCAGGCCUGA